AUGAUUGAUAACGGUGAGAUAAACAUAUCAUCAGACUCCGAAAUUGAUGAUGAUAUAAAGACUAUAUUAAAUGGAAAUGAGUAUCAAUUAUUAUGGGUUCUUUGUGAGAAAUUUGAAAAUGUUAGAAGGAUAGGACAAGGCGGGUCUACAACGGUAUAUUAUGCUACAUGGUUAGAUCGACAACAUGAAAUAUGGAAAAAAGUUGCUCUUAAAUUAUUUCACGGAUCAAAAUCUUGUCGGAAAGAGUUCUUAAAAGAG